AUGAUAUUUAUCUCAAAACGAAACAUUAGACAUAGAUAUUCAUCGAAUCAAGAAGCAUGUUUCUCCAUCGUAGGUCUUUUUUUAGCUAUUGGAUUUAUUGGUGGUCUAACUGGAUUAAUUUAUGGCUUAGUCAAAGGUAGUUCAUCUGGAACUAUUGCUGGUGCCAUUGUACUUGGUGCUUCAAUAUUUUUAAUUGUUAUAUUUAUUUUUAUCGUUGUACUUUGUUUAAAAAAUAACAAUAUGAAUUCAAAUACCAAUCAGCAACAACAACAACAACAACAACAACGACAUCGUCAACGUAAACAAAAACGUCAAACUGAACAUGAAAAUUCUUCACAUGAAAUACAAACUAUAUCAACUGUACAGAGACAUGAACAAACAAAUGAUAUGAAUAGACAAAUGUUUCCAUCAUCUAUUCCAAAUGAAUCAAUAGAUAAAAAAGAUUAUGGUUUUGCUAAAUAUGUAAUAUCACCAUCGUCAAAAUCAUCCGCAUUUACUUAUUUAAAUGAAAGUCAUUCUUCAAUAAAUAGUAAUAUUGUAAGACAAAAUAAUUAUGAUCGACAUUGA